AUGAAUUUUGAAAAAUGUGUGCAGUUUUUAAAAGAAAAUUUUCAAAAUAUUGAAAUAAAUAAAAUUGAAGAAGAAGUAAAUUUUUAUUUAAUUAAAAAAUUUGAAACACGUGAGGAUCCAAAUGAAUCAAAUUACGAAAUUGAUGAUAAUUCAUUAAUUGAAUUAAUGGAAAUUUUAUCAAAUUUAGGAAAUGGAAAAGGAGACAUAGCAAACAUUUCUGAAAAAAGAGGAAACGAAGAAAAAAUUUAUAAUGAAUAUGUACUAGAUAAUUACGAUAAAAUACAAAAUGAAAAAUAUUCUUCUUGUGAAUAUAGCAAUAUUCUGAAUAAAGGAGCACAAUUCAACAAUGAUAGUCAAAAUGAUUCAUUAAAAGAUGAUAGUUAUGACAUUAUUAUAGAAAAUAGUAAUCAUGAGGUAAAUAAGGAAAUAUCUAACAAUGAAAAAGAAAAAAAUAAUCAUAAAACUGCAGAAACACGAAAUAAUAAUAAUAGUAACAUUAAUGCAGUAGAAAUUAAUAAUAAUAAUAAUAAUGUUGUUUUAAAAGGAGAUAAUUGUGAAAACAUGACUGAUAUAAUAUUUAGUGAUAAUAUAAAUUUUCAGAAAAAAGAAGAUGAUAAUAAUAAAGAAGGAGAAAAGAUUAAAUUUAUUAAUAUUAAAGAAAAAGACAAUAUAAUUGAACCAUUGCAAAAUGAAGUAGUAGAAAAUAACAAUUCAGAAAAAAAAAAUAUAACAUUUUUAGAAAUACUCUUUAAUAAAUCAUUAUUAGAAAACGAGAAUAUAAAAAAAAAUAUUUAUGCAAAAAACUUUUAUAUUGUAGGUGAAGAUAUGCUUAUCAACAUUAUUCUCAUAUUAGAUAGAAUUAUAUUACAACUAAUUAUAUAUUAUAAGGAAAAAAAGUUAGAAAUGGAUGAGCAAAAUUCUCAUUUUCAAAGCUUUUUUAAAAUAUUAUAUAAAUUACUAAGUAAUAUAAUCUUUCAUUCUAAUGAAGAAAAAUAUAGAACUAUUAAAUUGAGUAACAGUCAAGUUAAAAGUUCUUUUUUAAUAAAUGCUGACAUUUUUAAUUUAAUUAAGUUAUUGUUUGAAAUCCUAAAUUUUAAUACAAACUACAGUAAUAAUUUAAAUAAAGAAGAUUAUAAAAAAUUAGAUGUAGAAUUUGUCAGUUCAGAAUAUUCUAAUUUAAUAUGGAAAUUUGAAGACACUUUUAAUGAUAAAGAAUCUAUUUUAUUUGAAUUUGUCUUAUCAUCAAUUAAAAUAAUUAUGGGUAUGUUAAAUAAAAAUACAGUAAACAAAUGGAACAAUAUUGAAAAAAGUGAGUCAAAUAAUAAAACACAAAUGAUAAAUAAAAAUGAAAAUUACAGUAAAUUAUGUACUGAUCAGAAAAAAGAAUUAGAAAAAUUAUCUAACAAAACUACCCCAAUAAAUAGUAAACUACUUCAAAUUCACCAAAAAAAUAAAGAAGGAGAACAAGCAAUAAAUGAUAUUAGAAAAUUACAUAACGAAAGAUAUAAAGAGCAUAAAGUUUAUGAAAAUAAUGAAAAUUCUGAUAAAUAUAGAAAUUCCAGUAAUAAAAAGAUAUGGGCAUCUAAAGAAAAAGAUCAAUACUCAAAAAAUAAUUUUUUUUUAAAUGAAGAGACAGAUGAACAAAAAAAAUUAAAAAGCAAAAAAAAAAUAAAGCAAUUUUUUAAAAAAUUAUUUAAAAAAAAUUAA